UUUUACUAAGCCCAAACACGCAUGCGUGCCGUGUUCGGCUGGAGAAACGAGUUUGAGCUAUAAUUUCAAGAUGGCGGACCUCCUCGGUUCAAUCUUAAACUCGAUGGAAAAACCUCCAACAGUCGGCGACCAGGAAAGCCGACGAAAGGCUCGAGAGCAAGCUGCAAGACUAAAGAAGAUGGAAGAAUUGGAGAAAAGAAAGAAAGCAGAGUUUAGGAAGAAGAUGGAGAAGGAGGUGUCAGAUUUCAUCCAAGACAGUGCACAGCAAAAGAGAAAAUACAACCCUAUGGGAAAAAUUGAAAGGAGUAUACUACAUGACGUUGCAGAAGUGGCUGGUCUAACUUCGUUUUCUUUCGGGGAGGAUGAGGAGAGUCGCUACGUCAUGCUGUUUAAAAAGGAGUUUGCUCCAUCAGACGAAGAGCUGGAAGCGUAUCGCAAAGGAGAACAGUGGGAUCCCCAGCUGGCAGAACAGCGACGCAGACGAAAAGAACAGGCUGCAUUGGAAGAAGCAGCAUCAGCCCAGACAGAAAAGACACAAACAUGCCCCAACUCCAACUACAGAGACAAGUACAGUCACCUGAUUGGCACCUCAGCUGCAAAAGAUGCAGCUCACACACUGGAGGCUAACAGGACUUAUGGCUGUGUGCCGGUGGCCAACAAAAGGGACACUCGCUCCAUAGAGGAAGCCAUGAAUGAAAUCCGAGCCAAGAAACGGCAGAAGCGGGAGGACGACACAGGGGCACAGAGCAGCAGUUCCUGAGUUUCCACUGUUGCCGUUGUGUGUGGGGGUUGCGCGUGUUACUUUGUCUUUGUGAACAGUCCCAUUCGUCUGUUGAUGCAGUUUCCUGUACUUCAGAUAUUUGAAAGUAUAAUUGAUAGACUGGCAGACUUUUGAUCUGUAUGAACCUAACUGUGAUCUGAAAGCUUGCUCGUUGGAGGACAUUCAGGUGUGUCUGAUCCAGAAUGCAGAUUAUAAGUGACUUUUUAUCUGCUUGUCAUGUUGUGUCACUCAUCAGAUUUUAUAUGUCAUCUUAGACCAUAACAGUAUCACUAAAUUGUUUUUCGAAAAAGUCUUGGCAUUCAAAAAACAUGAUAAAUAAUCUUUGAAUGAACAUUUUAAUGGGUUAGUUGUAAUUUUGAUGGAGCUGCAGGAAAGGUUUUAUUAUUACAAUUACUGCUAAUUUUGUACCUCGGCUGUAUUUUCAGAUAAUCCAGCUGCAAAUUCCCAUUGAUAAUGUUUCACAAUCCCCAUUACAGAAACAAAAACAAACCUUAACUUAUUCUUGUCAGUUUUUAUUUUAGUUUUGACCUUUUUGGAAGGGUAAAACUUGCUAGUUUGUCCAUCGCAGGAAGAAGCCAGUUUUUGAGAACCCACUUUAUCUGUCUUUUUAAAUGUGAGUUUUCUGUUGAUUCUAUACAUCUGCACUAAGUGUGAUUUUUUUUUUUUAUCAUGCAAAAGGCUGCAUACCACUAAAACGGAGUGAUGGUAUAAAACUUCUUUUAGUAUUAUUAAGAUUUAUUCAUGGUCAUCUCUUUGUCAUAGUCAGACUUUGAACCAAGGGGGAGUAACUUUGUGGGAUAAUGUCUUUUUAAACAGGAUAACCUUGUCUUAUUUCCAUGUGUGUUAAUAAAUGCUGCUUAGUAUCGGGA